ACGUCUCGAUUUCACCGACCACAUCGCAUCCACAUCCACGACCAAACCCAACACACGACCCUUCAUUCGGCCUCGAAAGUUGCGAACACUGAUCAACAACACAAAAUGGACGAAAAAGACCUCGUCCAGUACCUGACUGAUGAUCCGCCUACCGUUUGCCCACUGGCAAUCAAGCCCCACUUUGACGCCUUGUCACCACAGGAGAAGAAGUAUGCUCACUAUAUCAGUCGAGCGGCCUUUUCAGGGACUCGUGUCAAUUUGCGCCAGGUCUCAGACGAGUCAGAACCUUGACAGGACUUGAUCGUGGAUCUUCAUAAGCGUUCCAAUGGGGACUGGAAAGCAUUGCUGUCCGAAGCUGGCAUUUCCGACGACCAUUUGAAGCACUUCCUAUCAUUCUCUGCCCAGUUCUUAGGGAACACUGGAAACUACAAAUCCUUCGGCGACUCGAAGUUCAUUCCACGUAUCCCAAAAGAGAAAUUUGCCGCACUCGCGAAGACAUCUGAAAACGCUUCACGUCUAUUUCAGCAAGUCGAGGGCGUGCUCUACGACUCAAGCUCGGUGCCACAAUUGCAUCUAGGAUAUCCGGAACAAGGCCACAUUUCGACAUACUAUCCCGACUCUCCAGGCAUCAAGACUGCGGAGAUCGCUGCGAUCUCAGACUUCUUCAAGGAGAAACAGCUCAUGCCUGAGAACACUCGACUUCGCAAGACUUCUGCCGGGGACUUUGAGUUGCUCGUUGCAUCAGCAGUCACUGAGCCCGCACAACGUGAUCUCAAGGAGACGGAGUGGACUGUCGAUGGCAAGAAAGUCCGUCUUGUCUUCGGCGACCAUGCUGUGGAGAUGGGCAAGAUCGCUCGUAAUUUGGCAGAAGCCAAGAAGUAUGCUCUUAAUGGCGAUGAGGACAAGAUGCACGGAGAAUACGUCAAAGCUUUCCACGACGGAUCCAUGCUUGCACACCUUGAGUCACAGCGGCACUGGAUCAGAGACAAGGGCCCCAUCGUGGAGACCAACAUCGGUUUCAUUGAGACAUACAGAGAUCCGCACGGCAUCCGUGGAGAGUGGGAAGGCUUCGUGGCGAUGGUCAACAAGGAGAGGACCGCUGCAUUUGGCAGGCUCGUUGAGUCAGCACCUGCACAAAUCCCAAAACUCCCCUGGCCCGCGGCAUUUGAGAAGGAUCGGUUCCUGAGCCCGGAUUUCACCUCUCUCGAAGUCUUAACAUUUGCGGGCUCUGGAAUUCCAGCUGGUAUAAACAUACCCAAUUACGAUGUCGUCCGACAGACGGAGGGCUUCAAGAAUGUCAGUUUGGGCAAUGUGAUUUCUGCCGCUGCGCCAAAGGAACCGACACCCUUCAUUCGGAAAGAAGACCAGGAGCUGUGGGACAAGUACAAGGAUGCAGCUUUCGAGGUCCAAGUUGGUCUGCACGAACUCCUUGGACACGGCUGUGGCAAGCUUCUGCAGGAGACCGAGCCAGGCGUUUACAACUUCGACGUGAAGAACCCUCCACUCAAUCCAUGGACUGGGAAGCCCAUCGCUACUUGGUACAAACCAGGUGAGACUUGGGGUACAGUCUUCGGCGGCGAAGGUCCCAGCUACGAAGAGUGUCGAGCAGAGUCAGUUGCCAUGUCUCUGUGUCCAGACUACAGCAUCCUGUCAAUCUUUGGCUUCGGAGAUGGCAAAGAAGACAUCAACAGUGUGGCAGGAGAUGUGCUCUACAUCUGUUACCUGCAAAUGGCUCGUGCUGGAGUUGCUGCUCUGCAGUUCUGGGAGCCAUCCACGCAGAAGCACGGCCAAGCACACAUGAAGGCUCGAUUCGCUCUGCUGAACGUCUUCCUUGAGGCUGGCAAGGAAUUCUGCGAGCUGCGCUACACCAAGGACGAUCUUUCGGAUGUUGAGAUCUAUCUCGACAGGACCAAGAUUGAAAGCCAUGGCCGACCAGCCGUGAAUCGAUUUUUGCAGAAGCUCAACGUCUACAAGGCUACAGCAGACCAGAAAGAGGGUCUGGAGUUCUACAAGAAGUACACGACUGUGGACGAGUGGUUCGCGACUAAGUUGCGUCCAGAAGUCGUCCGUCAAGCCAAGCCGCGCAAGGUAUUCGUCCAGGCCAACACCUUCCUUGAGGGUGACAAUGUGGUCUUGAAGGAGUACGAUGCCACACCAGAGGGUUUGAUUCAGAGCUUCGCGGAUCGCGAUUACAUUUGAGGCCGCAGAUUGCGCGGCGGAAGAGCUUUAAUUCGGAAGAGCUGCUUUCAGAUAGCAGGCUAAAAAGCGUGGUCGUUCGCAUGCCAAUCU